CGGCGGACGCCAGGGUCACCGACCGUGCGCUCCCACGCUACUCUGGCCGCGAAGACAACUCCGCGCUUGCCGGGCCGCGCUCGGGCGCGUUCACGGCGGCCCGCGCCGCGCCGGGGGGAGAGGCCAGGGGGCACGGCCACCGCGGCCGGCGGAAGCGGCGCCACCGCCGAGGCCUGCUGACAUCAGCCGCGCUCCUCCCCUCGCCUCCCAACACCCUCAGCUCCCGGCCGGGCCCUCCCUCGUCCCCACCACGUGUCCUGCCCGCUCCCUCCUGCGGGGCCGCGCGCACGGGGAAGCCGGAGAGGCGGAAAGGAUGGCGCUGUGACAGCCGGGCCGCAGCCCUCGCGUCCCCUCCGGCGGCCCGGCCCGCGCCCCGGCCGCUCGGCCCCGCGAGAUGGAGUCCACGGCCUUCCCUUUCCAUGUAACCCUGAAGGAAGAGCAAGAGGAAGAAGAGAUUGAGAGCCGGCAGCUGGAGGAUCACCCCACAGAUAUGCAGAAAGUCCGAAUCUGCUCGGAGGGCGGAUGGGUCCCAGCCCUGUUUGAUGAGGUGGCCAUAUACUUUUCUGACGAGGAGUGGGACGUUCUGACCGAGCCACAAAAGGCCCUGUACCGGGAAGUCAUGAGGAUGAACUAUGAGACUGUGCUGUCGCUGGAAUUCCCAUUCCCUAAGCCAGACAUGAUCGCACGGUUGGAAAGGGAGGAGGAGUCUCAGACUUCGGAUGAGUGGCCGCUCCAAGGAGGAACCUUUGCAGAGAACGAAGACUCUGACGUUAAGCCUCCGGAUUGGGCGGGCCCCACGAAUUCUACCCCCCAGCUUCCCCAGCCCCAGCCCCUGGAUGGCCUGGGCCUCCGGCUGCCUCGGGACCUGGCAGAGCUGCCGGAGUGGAGCGAGGGCUACCCCUUCUACGUGGCCAUGGGCUUCCCGGGCUACGACCUCUCGGCCGACGACAUAGCCGGGAAGUUUGGCCGCGGCGUGCGGCGCAGCUACGACGCGGGCUUCAAGUUGAUGGUGGUGGAGUACGCCGAGAGCACCAACAACUGCCAGGCCGCCAAGCAGUUCGGGGUGCUGGAAAAGAACGUGCGGGACUGGCGCAAGGUGAAGCCGCAGCUACAGAACGCCCACGCCAUGCGGCGCGCCUUCCGGGGCCCCAAGAACGGCAGGUUUGCCCUGGUGGACCAGCGCGUGGCCGAGUAUGUGCGGUACAUGCAGGCCAAAGGGGACCCCAUCACCAGGGAGGCGAUGCAGCUGAAAGCGCUGGAGAUCGCCCAGGAGAUGAACAUUCCCGAGAAGGGCUUCAAGGCGAGCUUGGGCUGGUGUCGCCGGAUGAUGCGGAGGUACGACCUGUCGCUGAGGCACAAGGUGCCCGUGCCCCAGCACCUGCCCGAGGACCUGACCGAGAAGCUGGUCACCUACCAGCGCAGCGUGCUGGCCCUGCGCAGGACGCAUGACUACGAGGUGGCCCAGAUGGGCAACGCCGACGAGACGCCCAUCUGCCUAGAGGUGCCGUCGCGGGUGACCGUGGACAACCAGGGCGAGAAGCCCGUGCUGGUGAAGACGCCGGGGCGGGAGAAGCUCAAGAUCACGGCGAUGCUCGGGGUGCUGGCCGACGGCAGGAAGCUGCCCCCCUACAUCAUCCUCAGGGGCACCUACAUCCCCCCCGGCAAGUUCCCCAGCGGCAUGGAGAUCCGCUGCCACCGCUACGGGUGGAUGACCGAGGACUUGAUGCAGGACUGGCUGGACGUGGUGUGGAGGCGGCGGACGGGCGCCGGCGCGCCCAAGCAGCGCGGCAUGCUCAUCCUGAACGGCUUCCGGGGCCACGCCACCGACUCGGUGAAGAGCUCCAUGGAGAGCCUGAACACGGACAUGGUCAUCAUCCCCGGCGGGCUGACCUCGCAGCUGCAGGUGCUGGACGUGGUGGUCUACAAGCCACUCAACGACAGCGUGCGGGCCCAGUACUCCAACUGGCUGCUGGCCGGGAACCUGGCCCUCAGCCCCACUGGCAACGCCAAGAAGCCGCCCCUGGGCCUCUUCCUCGAGUGGGUCAUGGUGGCCUGGAACAGCAUCUCGAGCGAAGCCAUCGUCCAGGGCUUCAAGAAGUGCCACAUCUCCAGCAACCUGGAGGAGGAAGACGACGUGCUGUGGGAAAUUGAGAGUGAGCCGCCCGGUGGCGGCGAAGCGCCCAGAGAGUGUGACCCAGAACACGUGACCGUGGGCCACUGAAGGGAGAAGCAGCUCAGCCAAUGGAACUGUGAUUGGAACAGCUGAGGAGGCCGAUCCUCAAGAAGAUUAUUCCCGAAGGUGUGGGCGCCCCGAGAACGGCAGGACAAGGCAGCGGGGCUCGAAGAGCCAGGGCGGACGGCAGCAGCCUGUGCGCUCCCUGCGGGGACACAGCCCGACCCCGCCCCGCAUCCCAAGGUGAGGACCCGUCCUUGCAGCGGAGAACCAAUUAGCGAAGAAGCUGCUUCUGCCUGGCGUCUGGUGGUGGAGAUGAGUCCUGUGCCCAUCAGAAGAGACGUGUAAAUACGAGUGAGCAAAGGUGUUUUCCCAGCGAAGAGACCCUUGCUUCCUGCCCUGGCGUGGGCGCGAGUCUAGUGCGAGAGCACCUCAACGACUGUUUCACUCUGCCUUUGAAAACCCUUCCCCAAGUAGAGCCUGUGCCCCACACGGGUCAAUCCGCACGGGUCGCAGCGUGUCCCUGCAGUGCACCUGCCACAUGCCCGCUUCCCCUCGGGGAAAAGAUGAGACGCUAAGGCAUCCUGGCAUGGUGCCGGCAGGUGGCUUUGUGGACACACUAGGUGGGCUGGAAGGUCGAGGCUGAGAUAAGCCACGCUGUUUUAUUUAUCUUCCCAAUCCAUUUGGCAGCUAGACUUUUGUAGGGUCUCGUUUAAUGGCCCUACCUAUUUUUCCCCCCCGUCAGUAUAUUUAAUGAUAGGGUGGCACUUGUAACGCAGCUUUUGUUUCUCAGGCUGCCCGCGGAAGUCGUCACUGUAAAUCCCCUGCUGUCUACUAUGGUACAUGGCCCACUGAGACUCAACUGACACGCGCUUUAGGGCUAGCUUUAAUAUUUUUUAUCACACUGGUGGUGGGAGGGCUUGGGCUGAUAGAUAGCCAUAGCUGUUUUGAGAUUUCUAAUCUCCUGCCCAGCGGGAGACAGGAAGUGGUGGAAUUUCGCUCAGUUUUCACACCACAGUCAUUUGCAUCCCCGUGUAAGUUGAGUGUCACAAACACAUUCCUUCAAGGCUCUACGUGCUACAAAAUACAACAGAACCUCGCAGACAAAGCCAUUGCUGGAAAUGUCACUGCAGUGUCAAAUCGAUGUAGCAAGCUACCAUAACCACUUUUCCUUCCGGUAGACAGCUUAACUGUGUAUUAUACUGCUCUUGGCAUCUUGAAAUACCUAUUUCUACUCAGGUACUAAUUUUCCUGUUCACCUUUCUUUUUAAACCCAAUUUCCCCCCCUCGGGUGGGGGGGACACUUAACUUCCAGUAUCUGAAUAACUUUAAGUAUCUGAAUUGUUUCCCUCCUUGUCCUGGCCUGUCCUGUGUCCUUGGUCAUUCCAAAUGGCAUCUAAACCCAGCUACUUUCCACUCCACAAGUUUCCAUUCCAUGUAAUUCUUAAUUUUUCCUCCACUGUCCUAGUUCCUAACCCUUCCUUUAUAUCAUACCGCAACACUUUGGGAGCUUAACACAUUUUGUAGGACCUAACUUUGGUUCCUUGCAUUGGAGCCAUAGUUAGCAUCCUGCGAGGAGUAGAGAAUGGGCUCAACUCCCAUUUCAUCCCACCAGCGGCUCCUCGUCGCCUGAGAGAUGAUGCCUUACAGGCUGCACAGCACUGGAACUUCCCUAGAGUAAUGGCUCUCCUGUCAGGGUCUUUCUGGGCUCACUCUUCCACUGACUUAAUGAUGUUUGCCUGACAGAGCCCCAGUACAGCUAUUUUGCAGAAAGCUGUUACCCUAGAAUUAAUAUAGCACAUCCAGAGACCUAGUCGUACUCCCUGGUAGUUAGGAACUGACUCUCCCCCUCCCCCCACAACAAUAAACUUUGAUAAUAAAGACA